CAGAGUGCGGCCCCUGAAUGAGAGGGAAAAUAAACGCGGUGAUGACAGCAUCAUCACCUUUCCAGGACAAGGCCAGCUGAUGCUGGAGCCGCCAGCUGCGAACAUCAAGUCCAAGCAGUUUCGAUUCAAUAUUCUGUUUGAGCCGGAGGCCACCCAGGAGGAUGUACUCAAUCAUUCCGGCGCCAAGCGUAUGGUGGAGAUGGCGGUGGCCGGCUAUCCGUGCACGAUCUUCUGCUACGGCCAGACGGGCAGCGGCAAGACGCACACGCUGACGGGACCGCCGCACCUGUUUCGCAAGGUACCUGACAUGUUUUCUGAAGAGCACGGCUUGGUGUUCCGGUCGUUUGUCUACCUGUUUCAAGUUAUCAACGAGCAGAAGGACAAGGAAUUCCUGCUGAAAGCGUCCUACCUGGAGAUCUACAAUGAAAAGGUGAUCGAUCUGCUGAAUCCGGUCCAGCCUGAGCCGGGGAAAAGGCCACGGAGCCUGAUGGUCCGGUGGUCCAAGAAAAAGCGCGCGUUCUUCGUCGAAAACCUGUUCACAGUAGAGUGUGAAGAGCUGGAUGACCUUCUGGCGGUACUCGAAGAGGGGCUUCGCAACCGAGCAGUUGCCAGCCACAACAUGAACGAGUUCUCCAGUCGCAGUCACACGAUCCUCACAGUAUACAUCACUUCAGAGCAGAAGGCGGCAGAUGACUCGGACGUCUACAUAUCCAAACUGGGCAAGCUGAACUUCGUGGACCUGGCCGGCAGCGAGAUGACGAAGAAGACCAACAGCGAGGGCAAGACACUUGAGGAAGCCAACAACAUCAACAAAAGCCUCAUGGUCCUCGGAACGUGCAUAUCCAACCUAAGUGACCCCAAGAAAAAGACCGGCCACAUUCCGUACCGGGACAGCAAGCUGACCAAACUGUUGGCAGACAGUCUGGCUGGCAGCGGAGUUACACUGAUGAUCGCGUGUGCUUCGCCGGCGCGGAGUAAAGUCAGUGAGUCCCUGAACACGCUGAGGUACGCAUCCAGGGCUAAGCGGAUCAAAACCAAGCCUAUCAUCGUCAUGGACCCGCGCGAGGCACUCAUCCUCAGUCUGAAGCGCGAGGUGCACAUCCUGCAGCAGGAGAAUGACCAUCUGAAGCUACUGGUCAAAAUCGGCGCCCACGGCGAGACGGUUCCGCUCUCCAACGGCGGCACGCCCGGCACCGGAGACCCCGCCCGCCGGCGUCGUUCGGAGCAGAAGCUGGCGAUCGACAAGGAACGGCUGCAGGAGCUGAAGACGGAGGAGCUGAUCGAGCUGCUCCAGGAGUACAUGGCCAACAACACAGCGCUGCGCGAUGAGAACCUGGACAUGCACACGCUGCGCGACGCCCUGAUGCGCGACCAGGACGUGGUCAUUAAGGAGAACGAGCGCCUCCUCCGCAAGCUGGAGGAGAUCAACAGUACGUGCAGCCGCUCACCAAUCGUGCCGGCGCGUCCGUCCUUCUCGGCCGACCUGGUGCUGCAGAGCGUGAGUCAGCCCUCCUCCCUGCCCAACACGCCUGAGCGCGCCGCUGCCGGCCAAGUCAAUGUCUGGACCAAUCCGCGAUACGAGGCCUGA